AUGUCCGCGCCAUUAAAAUAUGGUCAUAGUGUGUUUUCGAGAACAAUAGGUUUCUUUUGCAAUCGGCCACUGAUUUCAUCUUUUGCACCAGUCAGUCACAAAUUUGGAAGUAAUGAUUCUUUCUGGCAAAUCACUUCGAAUAAAUUUCAUUCGUUGUUCGGUAUACCAUCAACUGCUAACUUGGCUACGUUGGCACAGAUGGCCAUCUGUGGUCCAUUUCAAAAAAAGCGUCCACCAAAUAAAGUAAUGAAUGGAAAACCAUUUAUAAAGGGAAUCGUACUGAAGGCUAUUGUCCGUAAACCGAAGAAACCAAAUAGUGCUAAUAGAAAAUGCGUACGUGUUCGUCUAAGCGAUGGUCGUGAAAUUACAGCUCACAUCCCCGGUGAAGGUCAUAAUUUACAGGAGCACAAUCUUGUUUUAGUUCGUGGUGGACGCACACAGGAUCUUAUUGGAGUGAAACAUAAAGUUGUACGUGGAAAGUAUGACUGUGCACCUAUUCAGAAGCCAAGUCCUAAAUGAUACUUUGUAGAAAAUUAAUUUUUGAACCUAUAUCAAAGUUUCUGAAAACCGUAUUUAUGUUCUUA